GUAAAGGGUUUGGUGAUAGUUCAACCUUAAAGAGACACAUGAGAACACAUACUGGUGAUAAACCUUUUAUAUGUAAUAUAUGUGGUAAAGGGUUUCGGUGUAGUACAAGUUUACGGAUUCACACAAGAACACACACUUGUGACAAACCUUAUAAAUGUAGUAUAUGUGGUAAAGGGUUUGGUGAUAGUUCAACCUUAGGGAGACACAUGAGAAGACACACUGGAGAUAAACCUUAUAAGUGUCACGUUUGUGAUAAAAGGUUUAGUGAAAAUUCAGGUUUACAUAAGCACAUGAUAAUACACACUGGUGAUAAACCUUAUAACUGUGAUGUAUGCAGUAAAGGUUUUGCUCAAAAAUCAAACUUAAAGAUACACAUGAGAACACAUCAUGCACAUACUGGUGAAAAAUCUUAUAAAUGUGAUGUAUGUGGUAAAGGGUUUAUGCAUAAGUCAAAUUUACAGAUUCACACGAGAAUACACACUGGUGAUAAACCUUAUAAAUGUGGUGAAUGUGGUAAAGUGUUUAGUUAUAGUUCAAAUUUACAGAAUCAUAUGAGAACACAUACUGAUGACAAACCUUAUAACUGUGAUGUAUGUGGUAAAGUAUUUUGGUAUAGUACAAGUUUACAGAUUCAUAUGCGAACACAUACUGAUGACAAACCUUAUAACUGUGAUGUAUGUGGUAAAGUGUUUAGGUAUAGUGCAGGUUUAAAGAUUCAUAUGAGAACACAUACUGAUGACAAACCUUAUAACUGUGAUGUAUGUGGUAAAGUGUUUAAGUAUAGUACAAGUUUACAGCAUCACACGAGAAGACAUACUGGUGAUAAACCUCAUAAGUGUAGUAUAUGUGGUAAAGGGUUUGGUGAUAGUUCAACCUUAAAGAAACACAUGAGAACACAUACUGGUGAUAAACCUUUUAUAUGUAAUAUAUGUGGUAAAGGGUUUCGGUGUAGUACAAGUUUACGGAUUCACACAAGAACAAACACUUGUGACAAACCUUAUAAAUGUAGUAUAUGUGGUAAAGGGUUUGGUGAUAGUUCAACCUUAGGGAGACACAUGAGAAGACACACUGGAGAUAAACCUUAUAAGUGUCACGUUUGUGAUAAAAGGUUUAGUGAAAAUUCAGGUUUACAUAAGCACAUGAUAAUACACACUGGUGAUAAACCUUAUAACUGUGAUGUAUGCAGUAAAGGUUUUGCUCAAAAAUCAAACUUAAAGAUACACAUGAGAACACAUCAUGCACAUACUGGUGAAAAAUCUUAUAAAUGUGAUGUAUGUGGUAAAGGGUUUAUGCAUAAGUCAAAUUUACAGAUUCACACGAGAAUACACACUGGUGAUAAACCUUAUAAAUGUGGUGAAUGUGACAAAGAGUUUAGUCAGAGCCAAAAUUUACAUAGACACAUGAGAACACAUACUGGUGAUAAACGAUUUAGUCAGACUUGUGAAUAA